AUUUUUGCUUCGUAUCUCUGUCACAUCUGCCUGUGUCAGACGUGAAGCAUUUUUUUCAUUUCUUAAUUGUAAUUUAUAAAAACUUGCUCGUCUAUUUGCCGUGUGCAGUUUGGCAAAUAGCAAACAAACAAAAACGGCUUCAAGCUGGCUGAGAAAAAAGUACAAAUGGCUCUAUGCCAAACAUCAGUGCUAAAAGUCUAUCAUGCUGUUAUUGAGGAUGUUAUCACAAAUGUGCGCGAUGCCUUUUUGGAUGAGGGCGUCGAUGAGCAGGUGCUGCAGGAGAUGAAACAGGUUUGGCGCAAUAAGCUGUUAGCAAGUAAGGCGGUCGAAUUGAAUCCGGAGCCCGGCGAGCCUGGCCACCAUCCGCCGCCAAUUGUGGCCAAUAAUCCAAAGGCUGCCAAUGCCAAGGCCAAAAAGGCCGCCGCCGCUGCGGCUGCCUCCCAACAGAGUAGCGGUGCCGUUGGUGGAGCCGUCGGAGGGGGGCUCAACUCAAGCACAGACAGCAAUAAACUGGCAUCGCCUUCGGUUGCAGGGAAACCGCCCACGAUUGGUGCAGCGGGCAGUGGCAUUAAGAACGGUGUUGGUGCCAUUAAGCAGGAAGUCACAUCACAGAAUCCACCGCCGUUGCAUCCCACAUCCGGUGCAAGCAUGGUGCAGAGGCAACAGGCAGUGGCUGGCGGUGGUGGUGGGAACGUAGGUGGCCAGCCAUCCAUACCAAUUGUUGCUCAAUUGGAUCCCAAUCGUAUUAUGCCUGUUAAUAUAACGCUACCUUCGCCACCUGGCUCAACAAACUCGGAAUCUCGUGUGCUCACCAUACAAGUGCCGGCAUCGGCCCUGCAGGAGAAUCAGCUGACCCAAAUACUAACGGCUCACCUGAUCUCAUCCAUCAUGUCACUGCCCACCACAUUAGCCUCCUCCGUGCUGCAGCAGCACGUGAAUGCGGCACUCAGCAGUGCGAAUCACCAGAAAAAUUUGGCGAUUGCCAAGCAAUUAGAUGGCGCCUUAGAUUCAUCCGAAGAGGAUGAAAGCGAAGAGAGUGAUGAUAACAUAGACAAUGAUGACGACGAUGACUUGGACAGAGAUGAUGACGAGGAUGCGGAACAUGAGGAUGCUGCCGAAGAGGAGCCGCUGAACAGCGAAGACGAUGUCACCGAUGAGGACUCGGCUGAAGUAUUUGAGACAGAUAACGUUAUUGUUUGCCAGUAUGAUAAAAUCACACGUUCGCGCAACAAAUGGAAAUUUUAUCUCAAGGAUGGCAUUAUGAAUAUGCGCGGCAAGGAUUAUGUGUUUCAAAAAUCGAACGGCGAUGCUGAAUGGUAAUCGGCGAUCGAUCGUCGGACAACAAAGAGCAAAAGUGUGCAAAUACAUCAUAUAAAAAAUAUAUUCAAAAAAAAAUAAAUAAAACAUAAACAAAUAAAAGACAUAACGAAAUGCCUCACAUUGUGCGCCUUGAACACGUUACUAGUAUCUCCCAAACUACACAACACACAUGACCAAAACCGAUGUCCUACGACGGGAACCAAUCUGGGUCCGAUUGGGCAUAUAAAAAUAUAUCUAAAUUUAGUUUCAACUAUGCAUGUUUUGCCAGCGUCUGGUUGAGCCUGUUUCAAUAAAAAAAAAACAUUUGUAAUCUUGUAUGUAUUAAUAA